GUGGGUGUGGGUGUGGGUGUGUGGGUGUGGGUGUGGGUGUGGAUGUGUGGGUGUGGGUGUGUUGGUGUGGGUGUAGGUGUGGGUGUGGGUGUGGGUGUGGGGUGUGCGUGUGGAUCGCACUAUACCCACACCCACACCACACCCACACCCACACCCACACCAACACCCACACCCACACACCCACACCCACAUCCAUACCCGCCCACACCCACACCCGCAACAAUAUUGAUGAAGGAUCAUGAGAAGAUGUACGUUUUUUUUUCUUUUUACGAGCUUGUCUAUGUCGUUGUAGAAUACGUUCAUAACGUAAACGUUUUUUAGCACUUCAUGGUAAUCGUUUCAACUUCGUAGAUUCGUUUUCAACCUUAUGGACAAGAGUAGGAGAUUCAGAUGACAUAUCUUGAUUUCAGAAAAUCUAAAAGAAGCUAAUCGUCAUGAGCAGAUGAAAUAUAAUUUGGGGUAUCAAUCAAAAAAAAACAUUCGAAAAGUAUGGUACGUACCCACACGGCGACGAAGUGCCAAAUCAAUAUCGACAGUUGCACCAAGAGAGGGCGCCACAUAUGUCACCCCUUUUUGAAGAACUUUUGAUACUAUAUUUUGAACUCAUCAUGUGAUUUAAUAAUUUUGGUAAUAAUAGUUUUUCGGGUCCUAGUCCGGUUUAAGAGAUCAUCACUGAUUGGUCGCUAACUAUGCACGGAACUUAUUGUCAAAGUCAAAACAAUGAUCAGAAUGAGUAACGUGAAGAUGCUUUUCCCCAAUCAUGUUAAAAAAAUUACUAACGACACCUAGCGGAGCUUUUGAAUGUUACUUUUUUAUAGAAAACCAAAAUUACCAUAUGAUAGAGAAAAUUUUUCUCUAUCUACUGAUACCUAAGUGAUAUUUGGCCCUUCCACAAAUCGAAAAUCACCAAUCAUGUUGGACUCGCUUUCGUUUCUUCUAUUUCAUUAUGCUGUUUGUUGUGUGGGUCCGUACUACUUGUUCAUUAUUAAGAUCAUUUUUUUCAAUUCUAGAAGAAAAAUAAACGACAAAUGUCUUCGAUAGAUUCGAUUACAUUCGAUCUACCGAAUGAUUAUGUAGAAAAUAUUCUUGAUCUUGAUGAUAUUAAUACACGUCUAGAAAAUAUUGCACAAGAUCAAGAACCAAAAGAAUCAUUCGAUACAUUUUCAUUAUUCUACAGUAUUGCCAUUCAUUUUGAUAAAGUAUCGAUUACUGGACGUUCUCAAGCAGUUGAAAUUUUACUUCAAUUAAUAUCACGUGAAAUGACUGAAGUUCAAAGACGAAUUCAUAUUGAUCUUUCAAGUGAUGAUGGUCGUUUUCAUUUAAAUAUUAUUAAAAUGCUUUCAUUUCUUCUUGCUGAAUAUAUUAUUCGAUUUGAUAAUGAUCAAACAAAUAAAUCACCAGAUUUUGAUAUGCCUCCAUCGGAAGUAUAA